AUGCAACAUUCUUUAUUUCUACCUCGGUCUUCUUUCUUUCUAUCUUUCUUUCUUUCUAUCUUUCUUUCUUUCUUUCUUUCUUUCUUUCUUUCUUUCUACGCCACUCUUUUUCUCUUUUCACAUUAUUCUUUCUUUUUUCUUUCUUUCUUUCUUUCUUUCUUUCUUUCUUUCUAUCCCAAAAAUCGGUUUUCUUUCUUUCUUUUUAAUUUUCUUUCUUUUCUUUCUUUCUUUCUUUUUAAUCGGUUUCUCUUCUUACAUUAUUCUCAGAUUUUCCUCUUUCUUUCUUUCUUUCUUUCUUUCUUUCUAGGCCAAUCGGCCAAUCGGUUUUCUCUUUCUACAUUAUUCUCUUUCUUUCUUUCUUUCUUUCUUUCUUUCUUUCUUUCUAUACCAUACAUUUCAUUUCUACAUAAAUCUUUCCAUAUUUAUUUUCUCUAUUUCUACCUGUUUAAUUCUUUCUUUUUUUCAUUCUUUCUUUCUUUUUUCUUUCUUUCCUUCUUUCUUUCUUUCCUUUUCUUUCUUUCUUUCUUUUUUCUUUCUUUCUUUCUUUCUUUUUUCUUUCUUUCUUUCUAUGCCAUACACUUCAUUUCUACCUCAAUCUUUCCAUAUUUAUAUAUUUUCUCUGUUUCUACCUGUUUAAUUAUUUCUUUCUUUUUCUUUCUUUUUUCUUUUUCUUUCAUUUUCUUUUCUUUCUUUCUUUCUUUCUUUUUAUUUUUUUCUUUUUUCUUUCUUUCUUGCCUACUUUCUUAUUUACUUACCUAUUUUCUUUCUUAUUUACGUAAUGAUUUUUUCUUUCUUUCUUUCUUUCUUUCUUUCUUUCUUUCUUAUUCUUUCUUUCUUUUUUUCUCCCUUUCUUUCUUUCUUUCUUUCUUUCUAAUUUAA